AUGUUGAACAGGGUUUCCGUCCUCACGGCCCUCGCGGCCUCUGUCAGUGCGCAGCAGGCUUGUAAACUCACCGCUGAGACCAAGCCCGCCCUCUCCUGGUCCAACUGCGCAGCGGGUGGCACUUGCACCAAGGUCAACGCCGCCGUCACCGUUGACUCCAACUGGCGUUGGACUCACAAGACGACUGACAGCACCAACUGCUACACUGGCAACAAAUGGGACACAUCCAUUUGCAGCAGCACAGGUGAGGACUGUGCAGCCAAGUGCUGUGUUGACGGUGCCGAAUACGCGAGUACCUAUGGCGCCUCGACCAGCGGCGACGCCCUCACCCUUAAGUUUGUCCAGCAAGGCCCCUCUAGCAAGAACAUCGGCUCCCGCAUGUUCCUCAUGAACGGCACCGACAGUUAUCAGAUGUUCAAGCUUCUGGGCCAGGAAUUCACUUUUGACGUGGACGUCUCCAACCUGGGUUGUGGCCUGAACGGUGCCUUGUACUUUGUCUCCAUGGAUGCGGAUGGAGGCCUCUCCAAGUACCCAGGUAACAAAGCCGGUGCCUCCUACGGCACUGGCUACUGCGACGGCCAGUGCCCCCGCGACCUCAAGUUCAUCAACGGCACGGCCAACGUGGAGGGUUGGAAGCCCUCCGCCACCGACGUCAAUGCCGGCGUGGGCAACCUCGGCUCCUGCUGCUCCGAGAUGGACGUCUGGGAGGCCAACUCUGUCGCCGCUGCCUACACCCCGCACCCCUGCGAGACCGUCGGCCAGAAGAGCUGCUCGGGAGACACCUGCGGCGGCACGUACAGCGCCAACCGCUACGCCGGCCAGUGCGACCCGGACGGCUGCGAUUUCAACAGCUACCGCAUGGGUAACACUUCCUUCUACGGCAAGGGCUCCCAGUUCACCAUCGACACCUCCAAGAAGAUGACGGUCGUCACGCAGUUCAUCGAGAACGGCGGAACGCUCUCCGACAUCAAGCGCUUCUAUGUCCAGGACGGCAAGAUCAUUGCCAACUCCAAUUCUUCAGUGUCCGGCGUCGAGGGUAACUCCGUCACCAAGGACUUCUGCGCCGCCCAGAAGAAGGCCUUCGGCGACCAGGAUGUCUUCGCUCAGAAGGGCGGCCUCGAACAGAUGGGCAAGGCCCUUGCCGAGGGCAUGGUUCUCGUCUUGUCCGUCUGGGACGACCACCACUCCAACAUGCUCUGGCUCGACUCUACUUACCCCACCAACUCCAGUGGCCCCGGCGCCGUCCGCGGCACUUGCGGUAUCGACUCCGGCGUGCCCGCCGACAUCGAGAAACAGGCCCCCGGCUCCAGCGUCACCUUUUCUAACAUCAAGCUCGGGCCCAUCGGCUCGACCUUGAAUAGCAAAGGAUCUACUGAUCAGCAGUAA